CCUCAAGCGCGGUGCUCGCUUUUCCUCUUUGCUCCUUCUCCGUCAAAAGGAAGGCAAAAGGCAGGCCUUCGGCGCCCGUGAGUGCGCGCGCCCCUUCACGCCGCUCAGCUCGCUGUGUUUAUCAAGGCUCUGCUUUGAGGAGACUGACAGGGAUGAGGCUGGCUGCAGAACAGAUAGAUGGGGCGGCGCGAGCCCUGGCCACGCGACCGAGGCUAGCCGAGACUAAGCAGAAGCAGUAAUAGCACGCAAGGCUCCGCUGUCCCUCCCUCCUCUCUCCUUCCUUGGCCCCCGCUGUCCUCGGCGGGAAGUCAGCGGGAGAGAGGCAGCCUCGCCUAGCCUGGCCCAGCCUGGCCCAAGCCUGGCCCCGCCCUCCGCUCUCUCCCUCCCUCCCUCCCUUACUAAGGCGCGAGGCUCCGCUGGCUUCCUCCUCAUCGCCCGAGUCUGAGGUCGCUUUGCUUCCUUAGAGGAGCCCACUACGCGCGCGCCUGCCUGCCUGCCUGCCUUCAACUGCCGGGAAUCCUGCCGACCCUCAGAUACCCCUGGAACAAGCUGCAAACCAAAGAAAAAUGUCUUCAGUUGCAACUUACUAUAAUGAGAAGUCAGUACUUGUUACAGGAGCUACAGGUUUCAUGGGCAAAGUACUUGUGGAAAAACUUCUGCGCUCCAGCCCAGAUGUGAAAGCAAUUUAUAUUCUGGUGCGGCCUAAAGCUGGACAGUUGAUGCAAAACAGAGUGGAGCAUAUGGUGAAAUGCAAGUUAUUUGACAGAGUCCGUGAAGAGUGCCCCAAUUUCCAUGAGAAGAUUAAACCAAUAAGUGCUGAACUCACCCACCCAAACUUGGCCAUCAAUCCAGAGGAUACAGCAGAGCUCCUGUCUGAAGUCAACAUUGUUUUCCAUUGUGCUGCAACUGUUCGCUUUGAUGAACCACUGAAGCAUGCCCUUUUGCUAAAUGUCAGGGGCACACAACAACUCCUGGCGCUGGCUCGCCAGAUGAAGAACCUUGAGACUUUCAUCCACGUUUCAACUGCCUAUGCAAACUGUAAUCAGAGAUACAUUGACGAAAUCAUCUAUCCUCCUCCCAUGGAGCCCAAGAAACUUUUAGAUCUUGUGGAGUGGAUGGAUGAGUUCCUCAUUGAAGAAAUCACACCCAAGUUGAUUGGAGACUGGCCCAAUACCUACACAUUCACUAAAGCCUUGGCAGAAUAUCUGCUUCAGCAAGAGAAAGGGAACAUUAAUGUUGCCAUUGUCCGGCCAUCCAUUGUGGGAGCCAGCUGGCAUGAGCCUUUUCCCGGUUGGAUUGACAAUUUCAACGGAACAAGUGGCAUCUUUAUUGCGGCUGGAAAGGGAAUUAUACGGACUGUUAAAUGCAACGUGGAGGCAGUAGCAGAUAUUGUUCCUGUAGAUGUUGCUAUCAAUUUAAUUCUGGCUACUGGGUGGUACACUGCAGUUCACAGACCAAAAUCAAUGCUGAUAUAUAAUUGUACCACAGGUGGUAUGAAUCCAUUUUGCUGGGGAGAGAUGGAACAUCAUGUCAUAUCUACAUACAAGAGGAACCCACUGGAGAAAGCCUUUAGAAUACCUAAGGCUAACAUGACCUCAAAUUACUUGAUGCACCAGUAUUGGACAGCUGUCAGUCACAAAGCUCCAGCCUUUCUCUAUGAUUUGUAUCUGAGACUAACUGGAAGGAAACCAAGAAUGAUGAAGCUAUUCAGUCGUCUGCACAAGUCUAUGACAUUCUUUGAAUAUUUUACCAGCCGUACCUGGGAAUGGAGUUCAGACAAUAUGAAUAUGUUAAUGAACCAGCUCAGUCCAAAGGACAAAAAGUUAUUUUGCUUCGAUGUCCGUCAGCUGCAUUGGUCAGAAUACAUAGAAAACUACUGCUUAGGAACGAAGAAAUACCUUUUGAAUGAAGAUAUGGCUGGAAUUCCUGCAGCAAAGCAGCACUUGAGAAAGCUCAGGAAUAUUCAGUAUGCACUUAAUACCAUCUUUCUUGUGAUCAUCUGGCGCAUUUUUAUUGCAAGGUCACAAAUGGCUCAGAACAUAUGGUACUUUGUGGUGAACCUCUGCUACAAGUUCCUUAGCUACUUCAGAGCUUCCAGCACCCUCAGGCAUUGAACUAUUGCUCCAGUUAUUGAGCACCAUAAUCUCAUGAAAGGCCUCCAGCUGUUCAAACAACAAUUUCGGAUUUUUUAAAAAUAGCAGGGUAUCUCUAAACUGCCAGAUUAUUUGACCAGCAUUCAGUGUGCAUCAUUACAGAAUCUCUGACUUUAAAAAAAUAAUGCUUUAAUAAAGUACUUUCUUUCUUCUUCGUUCCCACCA